AUGAAAUCACAAGAUAUCGAUACUUGUACUGCUGCAUUACAAACCGAAAUCAACCAUUUCAUGUCAAUCACAUGGUGUCGCCCUCACCUCUGCGAACCAAACUUCCAGCCUAUUGACAAGCCCCGAGAAGCCACACCAGACAACGGACACACGCUGUUGGGCAAGACUUGGUUCACCGAGGAUACAAUUCCGCAUUUGCUCACUUUGUAUCGACAACCUUCUGUCCCCGAGAGCUUGAGGGGCGAGCUUCGCAGAUUCCAUACGUUAGGAACGGGGCUAAACGAGCAUCCCAAUAUUCUCCACGGUGGAGCCGUUGCCGCCAUACUAGAUGGUGCAUUGGGUGUUCUUAUCAGGUAUUCGAUGCCUGAUGUACAACCAGCAUAUACGGUUGCCCUGAACAUUACAUAUAAGAAAGCCAUCAAAACACCGGAGACGAUUAUGGCACGUUCUUGGAUCACAAAGACUGAGGGGAGGAAAAUUUGGGGUAGCGCCCAGAUCGAAAGCGGCACUGGGGAGAUCUAUGCGACUGCGGAAGGGGUUUUUGUUAAGGCAAUUGCAAAGAUCUAG